AUGGAUAAGUUUGUCACAAGAUCAAAAGUUGGGCAACCAAGUUCUAGUUCUACUCAUCCAUCUGUUGCGUUAUCCGUAGCCCCGGAAAUUCAAAGGGAUAUAUCUCUUUCAGAUCAUAAUUUAGGAUCUCCCAAUACUGACCCGGGGGAUAGGAAGUCCAUUGCAGAAUAUAGCCCUAAUAUACGAGAUGAAAUUAGAAAACAUUAUAUUCAAAUGGGACAUUGCCAGCCUACGAGUCAUGAUUUUCCUAAAACUAAGUUUGGGAAGAUAAUGCGUCAGUUUUAUCCUGGUUGGUUUAAGGGUCAACAUUCAAAGUGGUUGGAGUACAAUAUAUCAAAAGAUGCUGCAUAUUAUUUAUGUUGUUAUUUAUUCAAAAAUGAACAUGAAAUUCAUGGAAAUAUGGGGGAUGCUUUUACAAAAAAUGGCUUUAAAGGUUGGAACAAGGCUAUAGAAAGAUUUAGAGCUCAUGUUGGAGAGGUAAAUAGCAUCCACAAUAAGUGUUUCAAUAGGAUGAUUGAUUUAAUGAAUCAAUCACAAUCAAUUCGCACUUUUUUUGAAAAGCAAUCCGAGAAAGAAAAAAGUGAGUCUCGACGUCGCUUGAGUGCUUCAAUCGAUGUGGUUAGGUUUCUUUUGAGACUAGGAUUGCCAUUUCGUGGGCACGAUGAGAGUCAAUCUUCUACAAAUAGAGGUAUCUUUCUUGAACUCUUGCAAUGGUAUGGAGAUAUUGAUCCGGAUAUUGAAAGUAUUAUAUUAGAAAAUGCUCCAAAAAAUGAAAUGAUGUGUUCCCCAAUGAUUCAGAAAGAUAUUGUUGAUGUUUGUGCCAAAGAAGCAAUCAAAGCUAUCAUUGAAGACUUGGAUGGGAAUUUUUUUGAGAUACUAGUUAAUGAAUCAAAGGAUAUAUCACACAAGGAGCAAAUGGAACUUGUUUUGAGAUAUGUUAACAAAGAAGGCGAAGUAAUUGAGAGAUUUGUUGGUAUUGUUCAUGUCAAUGAUACAUCUGCUCAAUCAUUGAAGAAGGAAAUCGACUCUUUUCUUUUGUAUCACUCAUUAAGUCCAUCUCAAAUACGUGGGCAAGGUUAUGAUGGAGCUAGUAACAUGCAGGGAGAGCUACGAGGUCUUAAGACUUUGAUUCUGAAUGAAACUCCAUCGGCGUAUUGCAUUCAUUGUUUUGCCCACCAAUUGCAGUUAACACUUGUGGCUCUUGCAAAGAAGCAUUCAGAUGUAGAUGACUUUUUUUGUAUAGUUACUAAUGUGUUAAAUAUUGUUGGAUCAUCUUUUAAGCGCAGGGAUUUGCUUCAACAACAUCAAGCUGAAAAAUUAGAGGAGUUGCUCAUAUCAGGUAAGGUGCAUACUGGACGAGGACUAAAUCAAGAACGUGGGCUUCAACGACCAGGUGAUACUCGUUGGGGUUCUCAUUAUAGAACGUUAAAUAACCUCAUUGUCCUAUUUUCACCAAUUAUUCAUGUUCUUGAAUUUGUUGCUCGUGAUGGUCCAAAUUAUGCCGAUAAACUUGUUGCUGAAAGUCUUAUGACUAAGAUUAAGGAAUUUGAAUUUGUUUUUAUGUUGCACUUGAUGUGGAAAGUUCUAAUGAUGACAAAUGAUUUGAGUUCCUUAAUACAAAGGAUGGAUCAAGAUAUUGUCAAUGCUAUGGGACUCUUCACUCAUACAAAGCAAAGAUUACAAAGGAUGAGGAAUA